CUACGUGUACGGGACACAAAUCGGUCGCGUCUCGACAUCAAAAUACAAAAUUAAAAUUUUCGCAUAAUGAAUCUCAGUAAAAUUCUUCAAUUUCUAUUGGCUAUCAAGAUAGAAGAGGUUGGUAAUUGGACCGAUCUCUGGCGUCGCUUCCGGUUUACCUUUGAUACCGAUAAUCAGUUCCGGUUAGAGUGUAUUGGUGUGUUGCUGGCGUUUGCUUUUACGGGAGCAAUAACAUUGUGGACGAUUGUCAGUUUGUCCCGAAGAACGCCGGAACUGGAACCACGAACGGCGUUGCUACUGCUUGAAGCCUUGGAAGACAACAGGAAAUCGCUCAGGGAAGUCGUCCACAUUCUGAAGCGACCAGUGCCGGAGCCGGCAAUCGUUCCGUUGGCCCCGGAAUAUGCCGAAACUGAACCUAGCAAGCCAGCGGUUAAAGGCACCGAAAUUCUUAUGGGGCCAAAAUUACUCAAAGAUUCAGGUCGUCAACCAUCACGUUUGCGCGAAAGAACCCAUACAAGUCUCAAACUUAAAGCAACACCCAAAGAUUCUCGACAAUUUUUGAAAGAUCGAGUUGAACAGUUAAAGCGUCCAGUUGUAACAAAAUAAAAAAAAAAAAUUAAAAAAAUUAAUUUAUCUCUUCUGCUUAACCGAAGUUCUUU